GAGGAAACCGUGAAGACAGUCAAGGUUCUCCCGCCUACGUAUCCAUAGAUACUAUGAUUUCGGUAGCUCUGAUUAUCUUGUGCUUUUUCCCGUUUGUGCAAAAUGAGUACUUUCGUCCUUCCUACCAAGUCCUUUUGCGCAGAAGGACUACUUCAGGAGAUUUAAUCGACGGCCACUGCUAUGGAAACAUCAUUCAGAGCCGUCUGGUUUUAACAUCAGCAUCUUGUUUAUUAGGUGCUAGGGAGUUCGUAAAUGGAAGAGAAUUGUUAAAAGCUGAUGGGUUGGCGGUAUCCUUUAAAGGUGAAGACCUGAGCGAGUUGAUAUACCUUGUUGGUGGCAUAGACAUCUAUCCAGGGCUUAACUUCUCAUCGUUGGAGAAUGAUAUAGCGAUCCUAAAACUCAGUACGCAACUUCCUCUUUCUGAGCGAAACGAUAUUGAAUGGGUUUUAGUCGCUGACUACGAUCUUACCGAUUCUCCAUUGCAGGAGGGCGUGGAAUCUUACGUUUGGAAAACUUCGGAUGGAGAAAAUAUAUAUCCGGGCUAUGGCGUUAUUCAUGAAAGUAAUUUAGUUGGAAUUAUUUCCUAUGGCCCGCCAUCGAAAAACAAACGGGAAUCUAAUCUUGAAGUUCGAAACCCAAACAGGUUUACGCAAUUAAACCCCUAUUUAAGUUGGAUAUAUACAAUAAUACAGAAUGCAGAGAUUGCGGACAUUCAAAAUAACAACUACAGUGCAUCUCUUCCUUAUCGUCAAAGGAAAACCGCCGAAAUAGUUGAGGAAUUUAUUGAACCUGAUGCAGUGUACUUUCCUGACCCAACAAACCCCAUAAGAGAUGACUUUAAAACUGAUGUAGAAGAUUUGACUAAUUCAGAAACUGAUGCUGUAAACGUGGAGAGCGUGUCAGAAGAUUUCAUAAACACAGAGGACCUAUUAAACAAAAACAUCGAAAGUAAGAUAGAAUUCCUAAAAAACGGAGCAAACAUUUAUAACGCCAAAGACGUUUGUGCAUGGAUGUUCUUAUUUAAUUUACUUCUAGCGAAAACUCGCACAAUAAAUUUCUUCUUUUCUUAACAA